UUCUGAAGUCGGCUAUUCCGAUACCUUAUCUUAUCGAAUGUGUCACGCAAUACCCGCUCUGUCCUUCGCUUUUGAUAAUAGAACAGCAUGGUGGAAUCCGAAAGUGCUAGUGUCGCCACUGACCGAAGUGACACCUUGGAGAAAGACGUAGAGUGUCUUUUGAACCGAGCUAACUUACAAAAACAUAGAGAAGCUUUUAUCCGCUCUGGAGUUGUGAAGGUGAAGGAUUUUCUCGACUUAGGAGACGACAAGCUAACCGAGAUUGGUCUUACACAGAUGGAAGUGCAAAAUCUUAGAGGAAAUCUUCAUGAGAUCCAAGCAGAAUCAAAGGAAGGAAACAGCGAUUAUACGGAAACGUCAGUGGACAACACAGAGUUUAGUUUGCAAGAUGAAGAUGCACCAACAUCGGUUGAUUUAGAAGAGUUUGCUAGGGAAUUUAAACAACGACGAAUCAAGCUGCAUUUCACACAAGCUGAUGUUGGCCUUGCUCUGGGGAAAAUGUAUGGCAGCAUGUUUAGCCAGACUCACAUCUGUCGCUUUGAGGCUCUGCAAUUGAGUUUUAAGAACAUGUGUAAACUCAAGCCCUUACUGAUGAGGUGGUUAGAAGAGGCUGAUAACAAUAGAAGUUCUACAAGCAAUGGCAAUCCACUGGAAACUCAGGGAAGAAAGCGAAAGAAGAGAACAUCAAUUGACGUCACUGUCAAAAAUGUGCUGGAGAAACACUUUUCUUCCAAUCCCAAACCAUCCUCACAAGAAGUGGAAGGGCUCGCAGAAAACCUUGGAAUUGAUAAAGAAGUUGUGCGAGUGUGGUUCUGUAACAGGAGGCAGAAAGAGAAGCGCUUGAUUGCAGCCAUCCCUGGAGAAGAGGAAGGCCAACAACUUGAAUCACAAUGACUCACUUUUAUUCCAGAGAGUAUCAUUAUCCUUCAGCCAUCUUUAACAUGCUUUCAGUUUUUAUAUCAUACACCAUGGAACUGUGCAAAAACUUUUCAUAGUUUUUUUUUUUUUUUUUCAGCUGUAUGUAUCUCUGAUCGUUUCAUUUAGUCUGCUAGAAGAACAAUGAUUUGUUUAGAAAAGUAAAUUUGUAUUCUGAUUUUCACGAAGUUUAAAUUUCUUGUUUAUAUUUUAAUUCAGAUGAAUCGCUGUAUCCUAAUUGUACUUUCUUCAACAUUGUUAUAGUGAAUAAAAUUUCAUAUUUGAAGAAGA